AAUGGAAGGUUAGGGUUUGUGGAAAGAAGACACAAUGGUGGGAGGGAAAGGCGCCAAGGGGCUGCUAUCGGCCAAGUCGGCGCUCGAUCUCAAGGAUUCCAAGAAGAAGCCCAUGUCUCGAUCUUCCAAGGCCGGUCUCCAGUUCCCAGUGGGGAGGAUCCAUCGUAUGCUCAAGACGCGCGUGGCGGCCAACGGGAGAGUGGGAGCGACAGCGGCGGUCUACUCGGCAGCGAUUCUAGAGUACCUCACGGCCGAGGUGCUGGAGCUGGCUGGGAAUGCGAGCAAAGAUCUCAAGGUGAAGCGCAUCACUCCCAGGCAUCUCCAGCUCGCGAUUCGUGGAGACGAGGAGCUGGACGCGCUAAUCAAAGGCACCAUCGCGGGAGGAGGAGUCAUUCCUCACAUCCACAAGUCGCUCAUCAACAAGACGCCCAAAAAGGAGUGAAAGAAAGAAGUUUAGCGAAGAACACACGAGGUGAAGUUUGACACCCACAGCUCAUUCAUACUGUUCUUCCCUUUUCCUUUUCUUUUUUCCUCUCUCGGUUCUUAUUCCUGUAUUGGUGGUCGAUCGAUCGAUCCACUCCAGCUCUAGUUUUUCGGGUUCUAGGAUGAAUCACACUGGAAAAACAAACACAGAUUUAAGCUUGAAAGAAUGAAAAGGACUGACUUCUCUUUCGUC